ACGUUGGGAGUAACCCGAAUUUGGGUGAGACAGUCGGUGGAGCUCUGAGUCGAAGCCGAAAACCAAUCUGAUCCGAAACUUCCUACCAUUUUGGAGUCUCUAACUCUGCUGAAAACAAGGAGAUUGACCCCUUUACAUUUUCCCAUCACCCAGAUCCUUCGAAACUAUAAGUAUGCAUCCAAGGUAUUUGAAUAAAUGAUUCACCGACUCUUACACUUUGAAUACUCUUCUUCACUUCCCUGUAACAUUUUCUCAAGCCAAAUGGGGAGGAUGCCAUAUUUGGCUCUCAAUAGUGAUCCGCUGAUUGAUGAGAUUUUAAAUUCUGAUUUCAAUGAGCUUAAAAUUGCAGCCACCAGGCUUAUUCAUCAUGCCGCCAAGCUCGGUGGAAAGGGCCUUGGGACUUCUUUCUUCAAAUGGCUUGCCUCUUUUGCUGCCAUUUACUUGUUGAUUUUGGACCGCACAAACUGGAGAACAAACAUGCUUACUUCGCUUCUUGUCCCUUACAUUUUCUUCAGUCUUCCUCAAGGAAUUUUCGACUUAGUGAGAGGGGAUGCUGGGAAAUGGAUUGCCUUCGUUGCAGUGGUAUUGAGGCUCUUCUUCCCACGACAUUUCCCAGAUUGGCUAGAGAUUCCAGGGUCGUUGAUUCUGCUUCUGGUGGCAGCACCAGGGUUCUUUGUACACUCAUUGAGAGACCACUUGGCUGGCGUCGUGAUAUGUUUGAUCAUUGGAUGUUACCUUCUGCAAGAGCACAUUCGCGCAUCAGGUGGCUUCAGAAACUCUCUUACUCAAAGCCAUGGCAUUUCCAACACCCUUGGCAUCGUCCUCCUCCUUGUCUUCCCUGUUUGGGCCAUGCUUGCUCGCUUCUUCUAGCUCUAAAUCCCACACAUUUGUUGCUCCUCACUUCUUCAUCAACCAAAAAUUUUGUAUCUUCUUUCACUUUUUUUGCUUCUUUUCUUCUUACCCUCUUUAUAUAUUUUCCAAAUACUUCAUCCAUUUGUAUGUUCACAACAUAUCUUGUAACCAGGUGUCUCAUAAAUUUUGCAUAUUCAUUUAUAUA